GGAAAAAAGAAAAAGAACACCUCCACAGUAAGAUAGUAGGAAGAGCGAGUGGUACUAGAAGUAGCAGUAGUCGGCGGUGUGUCCACCCAGAGAGAGCGAUAAUGGCUGUCUCGAUUCCAGUUCUAGCUGUCAUCGUCUCCCUCCAUCUCAUCGCCUUUGUACUCGCCAUCGGCGCCGAACGCCGCCGCAGCACCGCUACGGUGGUGCCGGACAAGUACGACGAGAGGACUUUCUGCGUCUACGGCUCCGACGCUUCCUCCGUCUACGGCUUGGCCGCGUUUGGGCUGCUGCUCAUCAGCCAGACUGUGAUUCAUGGCGUCACCAGAUGCCUGUGCUUCGGCAAAGGCCUAGUCACUGGAAGUUCCGCCGCCACAUGUGCAAUCUUCCUCUUCGUUUUCUCCUGGCUGUGCUUCUUGGGAGCUGAGGCAUGCUUACUAGCUGGAUCGGCUAAGAAUGCAUACCACACCAAGUAUCGAGGAGUUUUCCAAGUCGAAGACAUCUCCUGUGCUACCCUUCGCAAGGGUGUGUUUGCUGCUGGAGCAGCCUUGACGUUGUUGUCACUUUUAGCCUCCAUUCUCUAUUACUGGGCUCACUCUAGAGCUGAUACUGGGGGGUGGGAGAAGCAUAAGAACGAAGGUAUUGGAUUAACCCCAUCCGACUAUCCACAAGAACAGCAACCACCGGCUGGCGAGUUUGGGAAGGUUUAAGAACCGGGUUUGUUUGUUAGUAUCUAGAAAUCUAAGAAGCAAGCUACACUUUAUUUUCUCAGAAGAGACAGAUGAGUAUCAGCGUAAGGACUGAAAGAAGAAUCGGAUGUUGGAACGAGAAGGAUAGGAUCGUACAAUAUAUAUUUCGUCCCUGUGUGUGUAUAAUAUAUUAAUGUACGCGAGUGUUGUUACACAAUGUAAUUUAUGUUUAAACGACUACUACUGGGGUUGUAAUUUGGAAUGGAGAUCAGGCUCAGGGGCAUAGUUCAUGGUUCUGUGCAAUGCAAGUGCAUUUGAUGUUGAAUCUCUUGCUGCUGUCUUUGCCAUCUACUCUUGUUUGUGGCGAUGAAAUUCAU